ACUCAAAGAAUAUAACAUUUGUAGUAACAUCUGAAUACGGGCAGUCAUAUACGAACAAGGAGGCUCUUUCUGUUAGUUUCCCUGGUGACAUAUAUUUGUUUCAGAUGCAUGCAGAUGUUACUGGUGUAACUCCAGACGAAGGAAGCGUAGAGGGCGGUACACUUAUUACAGUAGCAGGCAAAUAUUUUGGCCUAAAUGCUGAAGGAGUUGGCGUGAAAGUAGGUGGCGUGGAUUGCAACAUAGUAGAUGUUACGGACACUGCCAUAAAAUGCAUAACUGGGGCACAACCCAGCAACCAUACUUCAUUUCCAGGUGGCAGGGGAAUUUUCAGAGAAGUUUGGAAGGAUACUCAAGUAAAUAAUGAUUUCUCGAACGCUAUAUGGAACACUUCUGCAAAUGAUUACAAUGUUGAGAUUACUGACCAGUUCAGUUCUCCUGCUGAACCGUCGUUUGGUGAGACUGACCAUUAUUCAGCUCGUUACCGGGGUUACUUUGUUGCCCCGUACGAUGGUGAAUUCAGAUUCAUGAUAUACAGCGAUGAUGAGUCAGAAUUAUUCUUCAGCAUGACAGAAAACCCAGAAGAUAAAGCAAAGAUUGCCUUUAAUUCUAGAUACACCAAUAGCUACUAUACACGUCCCACAGAGCAAAUCUCAGCACCAAUGAGCCUUGUUAGCGGGAAUCGAUAUUAUUUGGAAGCCUUUUUCAGAGAAGGAUGGGGAGCCGAUUAUCUACGUGUUGGUCUAUUGAUGUACGAUCUUCCUUAUAGUCACUCACAGCUUUCUAUUGCUUCAGACGAAAAACAAAUAAUUCAAAUUAGCUCUACCUUACAAGCAGAAAAACAGAGAAUAUCAAUUAAUGCAGGAAAUUCAUCAAUUGAUAACUUUGUCCUCACAUUGGAUGGAGUAAGCAGCAUUGCGCUCUCCAGUUCCUCGUCUGCAGAAGAAGUUCGAAAUGCAGUGUUUGACAUGGUUGGUGUUGACUGCCAGAGGAGCGGUCCUGUUGGAGAUUAUUUUAUUGAUUACGAAGAAGAACCUGUCGGAUACAUUACUGGUGAACGUGUAACAGACAUUGAGCCGUUUUGUGGGCAUGUUUCUCUAAAGAAUCCUAACUAUGUCUACUAUAAAGACAAGACUAAAACGUCUGAUGGCGUCAAUUUAGAUUCAUUUAAUGCUCAAACAGCUGGACAGAUAUGUUUCGCAUACAAGGGUGCAAUUUCAAAUAAAAUAACAUUCAAAAUAGAUUGGAAUGAUGGGAAUAACGACAGAUCUAAUUUCAGAAACUACUACAUAGACGGUCUCUCUGUGCGCACAAGUUGGCGGUACGUCUGCUUCAACACUUAUGAUUAUAUAUCAGAAGAUAGUUGGCUUACUUCACGAAUGAAACCGGGCUCAUUUUUUGAUGUCGUAAGGGUCAAAUUGAAUAAAGAUGAAAAUUCUGCAGAAGAUUUUUACAUUGACAACUUCAAUAUUGGAGCCCAACAAGUAGAAUACAUGCCUUCGCCUUCUCAUCCACCAGCAAGACCAAAUGACAUUCUUAUGACGGACAUAACAGUAGAGAAAUUGGAUGGUGAUUUUGACGUCACAUUUAUAGCAGCAAACUGUGGUUAUGACUAUCCUUUGCUUGGGAUUAAGGAUGCUACUGUUGAACAGGGUUCUACUGAUGACGAGUCAGUAACAUUUAGUGAUUCAUCGUGGCCUGAUGAUGCGACAAUAACGAUUGAAAGGAUUGAGGCUUCUUCUCCACCAGUCACGGGGAAUUUCAGUCUUUCCUGGAAAGACAAGUAUGCAGACGCUGAAGCAACGACUACAGAAAAGAAAAUGAAAGAGAUUCUAGAGAAGACUUUUGGGGUUGGAAAACUGAAUGUGGAGAGGACUGGCAGCUGUGUAGGAUAUAGUUGGGCUGUUGAAUGGCUAGAACUUGGUGGCAAUCAACCAGCGAUAGAGUUAAAUAUGACCAAUUUAAAUGGUAAUGAGGUAGAUGCAUCCGUGAUAACAGAAAUAGAUGGAGCAGUGACACUAUCACCUAUACCAGGGGACUUCAUGAGGACUCCCCACACCAUUCCACAGGUUGAGGUGGUUAUCAAUGGUAUCAUCUCAAGUUGUUCAUCAGAAAACUGCGGCUACCAAUACAAUGAAGAUCUGACUGCUAUAAUAUCAGGCAUUGACACACAUCAAGGAUCAGGAUAUGAGAAUACUUCCAUCACCAUUAGUGGCAGUGGUUUCAGCACUGAUGCAGCCGAUAAUGUUGUAACGAUUGGAGAGGCAAAUUGUACAGUUACAUCAGCCACGGCUUCCCAAAUAGUCUGCGAUGUUGGAACCGGAGAGGCGGGUGAAUAUGAGGUCAAAGUUAAUGUUGCACCAGGAGGAUAUGCAUCAAGUUCAGGUGUUGAUGUAUCUUUUAACUAUUCACUUGGAUUUGUAUCCAUUACACCUACAUCUGGUAGCCCUGCUGGAGGGACGAAGGUGACGAUUGUUGGGUAUGGUUUUAGCAAAGAUCCUAAUCUUAUGGAAGUGUAUAUAGGCAGUAAAGAGUGCAUAGUGACAGAAUCCACAUUCAAUGAACUUCAAUGUACAAUUACUCAUGAACAGGUACGCCGCAGACGACGUUCAACCAACGAACUAGAUGUUUCUGUUGCACGGAGAGGACAAGUCGUAACCAGUCCGAAUUCAUUUACGGAGGACAGUUCAUUGGCAGCGACUAUAACUUCACUGAAUCAAACAACAAGCAAUGUUAUAGGUGGUGAUGUACUUGCAAUCACUGGUAAUAAUUUUGGUUCUGAUGCUCCUGUUGUGUCUAUCAAUGGUAAUGAUUGUGCAUUAAUAUCCAAUGGCAACACACUGAUCGAGUGUACCAUUCCUGCUAAUGCACCUGGUACUUAUAAUGUUAUAGUAUAUAUACCCGGAGUUGGCAAUGCACAGGGCGACCAGACUAUCACCUAUGACUUUGAAGUUACAGGUAUAUUUCCAGAUCACGGCUCUCUUCAAGGUGGCACGAAAGUGUUUAUCACAGGUUCAGGGUUUGGCUCUAAUGCUUCUUUGGUUGAUGUUAACUUUGGGCAUGUCCCAUGUAAAGUGAUGUCUGUUGAGGAUGAACUGAUCGAGUGUAUAAGUGGCAGUAGCGGCACUGUUCAUGAGGUGACAAACCAAGGAAAACAUGAAGAGUUUGGUGUUGGUUACAAAUGGACUUCUCCUAACCUGGAUAUAAUGGUUGGUGAUGUUGUCAACUGGCAGUGGUCUACACCAGCUUUGGUUAAAAGUAUUGGCUUAACCAUUCAACAGACAGCAAAUGAAGACUCAGUUGAAUAUGAUGGACAAGGGUUUUAUGCAGGAGAGCGCUCAAAGAGUGGUUCUUACUCGUACACAUUUGCAUCCGAGGGAACGUACUUUUAUUCAAGUGGACCAGUAAAUGCCGACGUAUCUGAUGAAGACAAAGUAUACUUAUUGGGUAUUGUUAAUGUUUUCCCGCACCGCUCUACAAGUGAGGUCAUAGAAGUUUCUAUGAAUAAUAUAAAUGCACGUCACAACAAAUCUGCAAACCCUAGGGCUCCUACUGAUAGCAAUUCUUGUCCAGGCGAUGAUGACCAAAUCUCAUCUUGUAAUGACAAUCGUCCUAUUUGCAAUUCGCUCACAACAUUUUGCUAUGCAUUCUGGUUGUGUAGUACAGCAGUCAUUGAAAAGGUUGAGCCACUGUCUGGUCCAGCUAAUUCCACUAUUACAAUAUCUGGAUCCGGUUUUAGUAAUCGAGCCUGUGAAAAUAAGGUUUACGUUGGAUCACAUAUGUGCAGCGUAACUACAAGCACAAAAACAUCUAUAGAAUGCAUAAUUGAAACUGAAGAUUCACUUGAAGUUGGUUACAUUCAUGAAAUAUCUAUAAAUGUAAAGAACCAAGGCUUCGCUUUGAAUUCAAUCGAAACGCCAAGAAAUAGGAGUUUUAUUCUUAUCCCAAGUAUAUCCUCUGUCACCCCUACUAGGGGAUCACUAGCUGGUGGCACAAGGUUGACCAUUUCUGGUGAUGGGUUUUCUGCAGCUACUGCAGAUGAUCUGAGAGUGACAAUUGGAGAAGGGCGAACUUGCGUUGUAGAAUCCUUUACUUACACUAUGAUAACCUGCACUACUCCCCCACAAUCGGUUGAUGCAGCUGAAUUUCCCAUCAAAGUGACUAUAAAUAAUCGAGAAUCAUUGGAAGAGGAUGUCACAUUUACAUACUUCAACACAAGUACACCAGUAGUAGAAAACUUUACUCCAUUGAGUAUAAGCGGUUCAUCGACUACAAUUACUAUUACUGGUGAAAAAUUUAGAAGCAAUGCUAAUGAUGUCAUAGUCACAAUUGGUGGAAUUUCUUGCAUUGUUGAAACUGUUACAGAUACAGAAAUUAACUGCGAUGUUGGCUACGUUGCAUUUGGAACUUUGUCUGUUGAAGUCUAUCUCGAAGGAUAUGGACUGGCACAAUUGAAUGGUCAAGAUACAAUCUGGGGAAGUCCAGAAACUUAUAGUUUAAGUCCAGCUCUAGGCAGCAGAAAGGGUGGAACUGAGAUCACUAUAAACGGCAGUGGCUUCCAUGUGGGUACCACCUCUGUCAGAUUUGACAACAAAGACUGCCUCAUCACCUCUGUGAAUGUAUCCACCAUCAUUUGCAUUACUGACAACCAUGGCUCUGAAGAGGUUAAUGUCAUUGUGACAUCAAAUGAACAUGAAUUCAACUCUCUGUCGUAUGAGUAUUCAAAUGACUAUACACCAGAAGUAUCAUCUGUCACACCAUCAUCAGGUGAAUCUGGUGAUAUCAUCACGAUAGCUGGUUCAGAUUUUGGAAGCGAGGUAUCAGACGUGCAGGUGAUGAUCGAUGAUGAAAUGUGCACGGUGGUUUCUGUUUCAUCAACAGAGAUUCGAUGUGAAGUUCCUUCCCAUGUAGCUGGUGUCUAUGUGGUUGAUGUUACCGUCUACAAUUUUGGAAUUGCUGCAUCUGAAGAAACAUUUGAGUACAAUCUUGCUAUUACAGGCAGCAGUCCAGUAGAUGGUAGUUUUGCCGGGCAGAAAAACUUGAACAUUACUGGAUCUGGUUUCAAUGGUGUUAGUACAAUAGUUACCGUUUGUGGUAAUCCUUGUGAAGUGAAAUCCGGAACGUUCACUACCCUCCAAUGUGUAUUGCCUGCCAACGAAAACAUCGAUAGUUCUCCUUUAAACUGCGACAUCGUUGUAGCUGUCAGUGAUGACACCAAUGUUACUUCUUCUGGUUCUUUUUCUUACGAUGCAUCAUUGACGGCGACCAUUGACUCUGUUACUCCUGCAAGAGGAGGAACAGGAGGUGGUACUGAACUUGUAAUCACAGGCUCUGGUUUUAGAUCUUCCGGUAACAUGGUAACCAUCGAUGGUUCCGAGUGUACUAUUUCUUCCGAAUCAAGCACCAUGAUCGAAUGCACAACAGAAGCUCAUCAAGGCUCAGUCAAAACAAAAGUCAGAGUUGUGGUAGACGAUGAAGACAACAUUGCAACACAGGAAAAUGCGGAGUUUUACUAUGUUGACGUGUGGUCGUCAAGAUGGACUUGGAAAGGAAAGGACCCGCCAAUUGAGGGUGAAUUUGUCGCAGUUCAAGCUGGACAAACCAUCCUUUUGGAUGUGGACACGCCAAUACUUGCAUUUCUUCUAAUAGCAGGAGGCAGUUUGAUAUUUGAUGAAGCGAACAUUGAGCUACAUGCAGAAAACAUCCUCAUAAUGGAUGGUGGAUUGCUUCAGGUAGGAACUGAAGCUGAUCCAUUCCAACAUAAAGCUACAAUCAUGAUGCAUGGACAUCAAAGAUCAAUAGAGAUUCCUUUGUACGGUGCAAAGACGUUAGCCGUCAGAAACGGAACAUUAGAUUUACAUGGGAUCCCGAUACCUAUUACAUGGACACACCUGGCUGAAACCGCAGAAGCUGGAGAUACAACACUGGUUCUUGAAGAAUCUGUGACAUGGAAUGUAGGGGAUAAGAUUGCUAUUGCAUCCACUGGUCAUAGACAUAGCCAAAAUGAGAAUGAAAUGCUAACAAUUACAGGAAUAUCAAACGAUGGCUUGACACUUACUAUUGAACCGCCAUUGAAGUAUACUCACAUAUCAUUGGAGCAAACGAUUGAUGGCGUGUUUCUAUCUACAAAGGCUGAAGUUGGCGUUUUAACUCGUAAUGUUGUUGUUCGUGGUUCUGUUCAAGAUGAAUGGACGGAAGACAUUGAAGCUUGUAAUGCCGAGUUCGAUACUAACCAAUUUGCAACUCAGACAUGCUUCCAGGGCCGAUUUGGUGAAGAAAUUGGCAGCGACCAAUUUGGUUCCCAGAUUAUGCUUUUUGGAAAAUAUCAAAAUCAACAAUUGGUAACGGGCCGUAUUGAGUAUGUUGAAGUCACGCAUGCAGGUAGUAAACUGAUUAAACAUCCUCAAUCCAUAACAAUUACACACAACUUAUGGGUGGUUGCUGAUGUCAAGUUGCCCGUUAUGCGGAAACUCUUCAUCUAUGGGACAUUGGAACUGCAAGAUGACCGAUCAAAUACGAUUAAUGCCACGUACAUAUUUAUACAUGGUGGUUCACUCAUCAUUGGCUGGCCAGAAACACCGUUUGAACACCAGGUCAACAUAUUCCUGAAUGGCAACCACUUCACAGAAGAUAUUCCUCUUCCAAAUGGGCCUAAUAUGGGAUCAAAAGUCUUAGGAGUGUUUGGUCGUCUUGAAAUGCAUGGUACCGCACCUAAUGUUGCUUGGACUAAGCUAGCAACUACAGUUAAUCCUGGAAGUGAUGUGAUAACGCUAACUGAAGAUGUUGAUUGGGGUGAAGGAAAAGAGAUUGUCAUAACAAGCACCUCAUACGAGGCUUGGGAAACAGAAACGUUUACAAUAGCUGAAGUUGUCAAUGCUCGAACACUCAGACUCAAUGAUACAUUAAAUUACAAACAUAUAGCUGAAACACAUACGCUUAGUGAUGGCUCCCUAACAUACACAGAAGCGGCUGAAGUUGGCCUUCUCUCAAGAAACAUCAGGAUAAUUGGUGCCGACUAUAACAACCUUUUUGAAGAGUCAUUUGGAGCUAGGGUUCUGGUUGGAAAAUUUGUUCAGGAAGGUCUUGAAUACAAAGGAUAUGCACAAAUUUCGAAUGUGGAGUUCUAUCAUUCUGGACAGGAGGGUUGGACUGACUUCUACGAUCCACGAUACUCAGUUGCAUUCUUAGAUACCGGUGAGGUGACUGUGGCCAACCCGUCUUACGUGCGUAGUUGUACUUUCCAUAAUGGUUUCAGUCCUGCUAUUGGAGUCUUCGGAGCUUCUGGUGUCCUCAUUGAAGACAAUGUCAUUCAUCACACAGUUGGAGCAGGUAUUAUCGCCUGGGGAACAGACCACAAAAUUACCGGCAAUCUUGUGUCUCUGACAGUAUUCCCCGGUACCUACCAAGAUCGCUUUUUACUAGAAGAUAAAACUUGGCCUGCUGGUAUUGAAGUCCAAAUGUCGUUCGGCAUAAUUCUAGCUAAUAACACAGUUGCAGGCUCAGAAAAACUUCUGUACCGUGUGAGCGGUGAGAAAUGCUUCGAAGAAAAAGUGUGGGAAAAUAAUGAAGGUCAUUCAUCAUUAGGCGGGCUCAUGAUGCUUCCACCUGAUGGUCAUCGCCAAUGCUCCAUGGUCAGUAAUUUCUACCUCUGGAAAAACUGGUUCUACGGAAUAUAUCUAGAAACAACUUGUUCUCUCGUCGUUUCUGAAGUGAUUUUGGCCGAUAACAAAAUUGGCAUUUUACCAUACAUCUAUAGACCGCCCGCGAUCAGUCAUGACGUCUCUGAAAAAUCUUUUACGAUAGAAGACUCGUUCAUUAUUGGUACUAGUCCAUUCUUCGAUUGUGAUGAGUGGCAGAAUGAACCAGAGAAUGCAAAUCAAUGUACAGGUGUACACGCACCACCUCUACCUCCGGGCGGUGGCAAUAUUGGUUUUAUGAUGACAAAUUUCAUGUCAGGCUCAAACAAUGCCCCAGUCAAAGCAUUCCAUGGUAUAAAGAACUACCCUGCUAUAAGUGGCAUCACCCAGUUGAAAGGUAUAACAUUUGCCCAUUUUCAAGAAGGUUGCUCAGCCCGUGAUUAUAGCAUAGCACCAAACAAUGGCAACCAAGAUGGAAUCCAUCCCUCAACCGCCACAGGAACAUCAUUUGUUAGUGUUGAUAAAAGCAGUAGGGUCUUUUUUUUCAGGCCAAAUGUUCACACUGCAAAUCCUGCUGACUGUGUUGAUAUGACCUGCGAUGCCAUGCGUAAAGUCUUCAUCAAGGAUUUGGACGGAGGUAUCCUUGGAAGUCCAGGAACAGUUAUUCCAGACUCCGCAUUUCAGUGGGGCGGAGAUCCACGGUAUGGUCUUGGUGACUACAGGAUCCCAAAAAUGAUGGUAACGAACACUGAUGGCAGUAGAAUUCCUUAUGAGGAAAAGUGUCCACACAAAGGUAUUAUUGGAACUGAGGACUGUACAUGGAAUGCUGACUGGCAAGCAUAUGAAUGUCAUGAUCUGGAUUACAUGAUGUUGAUUAUUGAGAGUAUGGACCCAGAUACUGAAGUACGUCGCUUGUCACCGAUUGCAAUGUAUUCAGAAGGCUAUGUGGAUUUGAUCAAUGGACCACAGGAUCAUGGCUGGUGCCACGGUUACACGUGCCAGGAACGAAUUAGCACGUUUAUGUCUGUUGUGGCAACAGGGAAGCAAUAUGAAAUGUAUAUGAGUAGUACCAACCCCCAACGUCUUCGACUGCAUCUUCUGAAUGCUACUCCAGAGCAAAAGGUUGUGGUCGGUAUCUGGUAUGCCAACCCUCAACGAUUGGAUGUCUACUAUCAAGGACUAUACAUCAUGCCAAACAAUGGUAGAAUUGAUGGUGGAUCAUUCAUAUGGGUUGAUAAGGACCCCAACUUGCCAGAUGAUCAGUUCCUACCGACUCCAGCAUCGAAUAUUUAUGGAGAGAACUAUUUUGACCGAAAGUUACAAACGCUCUGGGUUUUAGUGCGAGGUAACCAACCUCUAGAUAUCAUUACUACGCCGGUAAUUAUGGUCGCAAUUGGGGUGCCAGCAGUCGCUGUUGAUGACUUUUUUGAAGAAAAUCUUGUCCAAAAUCUGGCAAAUCUUCUGGGAAUUGAUAAGUCUCGAAUACGAGUGGUGGACGUCGUCAGAGAGGGCAGUUCGCGCCGGCGAAAGCGGUCAGAUGAUUCGGUAGCUGAAGUGGUACUUGAAGUUGGAAAUGCACCGGCGACAUCAAUUGAAUUAGAAGGAAACUCUACUCUGGAUGCCAAUAUUACUGACUCAUCGUCAUUUGCUAACUACACUGAAGGCAAUUCCUCCCUUGGAUUUAAUGAUCUAGUUGCAAUCCAGGCACAGAUUGUUGAUGCUGCUCAGACUGGUGAACUUGGAAAUAGUCUAAAUGUCUCUAUUGAAUCACUGUCAAUGUCAGACCCAGUGGAACCAGCUACUGACCCAACAAAUGGAGAAAGAGCAACAAAUGAAACUGGUGGUUCGGAGGAAGGAGAUACACUUUAUGGUGACUCACAAGAAGAAGAAGAUAUACCAUUAGAAGUUCAAUACCAAUUUCCAAGUGGUCUCACUAUCUCUCAAGCUCCAUCAGGAGUCAGUGAAAACUGGCCAUUUGUUGUUGGCGUAUCUGUCCUUGAUACCCAGGGCGAAAUUGUACAGAAUCUUGGGCAUUCCUCAAGCCCUUGGAGGAUGAAGGUUAGUCUACGAGCUGGCAGUGGACCGGCAGGGGCUCAUCUUCUUGGCAAUACCACUAUUGAUAUCAUCAAUGGCCUAGCUAACUUUACAAAUAUCAAACUUGACGAAGUUGGAUCUGGAUACAUCUUGGAUUUUGCUGUGGUCUACCCGAACAGCACAACGCUAAUCCCCAUCAGUAGUGAAGCAUUCUCGGUUGCAGAGCGAAUGUUCGCCGCCGUUGUUAAUACCCAGCCCACCGGUGAUGUAAUGGUUGGAGAAAAGUUCGAUGUAGGAUUUGAUUUGGUUGAUGUCUUAAGUGGACUGCAAGUGACCACUCUUGAAUCUGCCGCUGAGGAAAGUUCUGGUGUACCAUUGUGGGCCAUCAUUCUUGUGGUUGUUAUUCUGAUUUUGGUGGUACUCAUUAUUACCUUUGUCAUCUACAAAUAUUUCUACAAUCCAAACAAUAAACUUGCGGCAGUAGAAACGAUGAGACUGACUGAGAAAGAGGAAGCUCCAAGAACAUCCAGUUUCAUUGAUGGUGGCAGGGAAACCCCGGUGUUCAAGAUAGAUUCACCUGAUAUCGAUGGUUCUAAUUCAGAAGAAACUAGGCCAUUGAAGGACGAGACAUCUUCCACCCGUAGCAAGUCGCCUGGUUUCAACCAUCCAUGCAGAUCACCAGAGUUAGUGUCAACAGCUUUACCACCAGGCUUCGCAGAUGGAGCAGAAGAACAUGUGAAAGAGGAUCGCGCCAACAUGUACAUCAUGGAGCUAACAUCAACCAGAAGCUUUGAAAAAUUGGGACAAAUGGCAGUCAACCUUGUUGGAACUCUUAGUGACCUCCGGAAAGAAAUUAAAGUGAUGCUCACAGGCUCAAACAAAGAGAAGCCGUUUGUUUUGCUCACGGAAACAUUGAAGGAUAUCGACGGAGCCAGCGAGAAGCGGCAGGUUGUACACGAGACGUACGCCUCUGAUAGUGUUCUACUCCGUUUCAUGGAAGACACAGAUAUUGCUAAGCUAUGCGUCUGUGGUUUGGUUGGUCAAUUUGAAUGUUCGCUUUGCCGUAAACAGAUUUACUGUAGCCCACAAUGCCAGUCAUCUGAUUGGGCGAAGCACAUCCUAUCCUGCAACAGUGACAACUAAAAGAAAAGUGCACAGAGAAACAGACAAAAUAGUAUUAUUAUCAUAAUCAUCAUCAUUAUCAUCAUCGUUAUUUUCAUAAUCAUUACAAUGAUAUUAAUAAUUUAUCAUGGUUACAAAUGAUAUUAUUCACCUUGAUGUUUUUAAAGUGUGAUUGGUGUGUGUAUUUGAAUUUUUCUUUUUUCCUCAUUUAUCCGGUUGUUUUAACCUGAGUUGGCAUAUAAUGACUUGAAUAUUCAUAACCAGUGUUAGCCAGUCUCAGUGUUGUUAAAUUUGAGUGGUUGGUAAUUAUAAGAACUGAAAUAUUUUAGAUAUAAUAUAUAUAUAUAUAUAUAUAUAUAUAUAUA